AUGUCCUUCCUCGGCGGGCCAGAAUGCAGCACCGGCUCCAACCCUCUCGCACAAUUCCAGAAGACAACAGGAGCCGACACGUCCCUCCAACGAGACCGCCUGACAUCCCGACAGCCACAACAAUUCAACGGCUUCCGCAGCGGCCAGCAAGUCCCCGACGAUGCCGCAUUCCAGGACUUUGCCCAACAGGGCCCUCACAUGGGUGACAUGCUCCCCAACGACGCCUUUCACAUGGAACAAAUGCGCCGCGAAGCCGAACACCUCGAGCGCGCAAAUGGAGGCGGUAGCGCAGGCAAUGCGAACUGGGCUGGCGAGUUCCAGCAGCAAGGUCCACGCUUUGCACCAGAGGAAUUCCAGCAGCAGCAGAGGGCAGGAGGUUUCAGUCCUCAGGAAUUUGCGCAGUUUAGACAGUCCCAGAUGACGCCUACGGCACGGACACAGAGCCCGAGCUUCCAGCAGCAGUCCGCGUACAGGCCGCCUAUGUACUCUGGAGGGUUCGGCAUGCAGAGGCCAAUGAUGGGGUACCAGGGCUCUAUGAUGCAAAAUGGUAUGCCGCAACAGUAUGAGGGGAAAGGGAAGGGCAGGGUGCAAGAGCUCAGUGAUACGGACUGGGAGAAGCAGUUUGAGGAGCUUUCUACUGCAGAUCAGGAGGCGGAUCAGUUGGAUCAAGAGGCUGAAGAGGCUGUGGAGAGGCAGCUGAAUCAGUUGGAUAAGGACAUGCUGGCCGACGAUGAGAUGGCGGGCCACUUUGGCGACGAGUUCGAUCAAUGGAAAGACUUCGAUGGCCUGAACCACAACUUUGACAGCUUUAGGAAUGAGUUUGGCGACUACAGCACCGCGCCCAACCAGGGCAACUACAUGUUCGAGGAGAACAAUCUGUUCAAAGACGUGCCGAAUGCGUUCGAAGAAGGCAUGAAGAUCAUGCGUGAAGGUGGGAACCUGAGUCUGGCGGCACUAGCCUUCGAGGCCGCUGUACAGAAGCAGCAGGACUUUACGGAUGCUUGGGUUGCAUUAGGCCAAGCACAAGCACAAAACGAGAAGGAAUCGCCCGCGAUAAGAGCGCUGGAACAAGCCCUAAAGAUCGACCCAAGUAAUCUGGAAGCACUGAUGGGUCUUGCGGUCUCCUACACGAACGAAGGCUAUGACACCCUCGCAUACCGCACACUAGAACGCUGGGUAGCCUCAAAGUACCCCCAACUCGGCGUCACGCCCCGCGGCAUCGAAGACGAGGAAGAAAUGGGCUUCACCGAUCGUCACAUGCUGCACGAAAAGGUCACAAACUACUUCCUCGAAGCGGCACAACUGAACCCCGAAGGCGGUGACGUCGAUGUAGAUGUCCAGGUCGGUCUGGGAGUCCUCUUCUACGGCAGCGAAGAUUACGACAAAGCUGUAGAUUGCUUCACCGCCGCUCUCAAUUCUCAUCAACACGGCUCCAUGAAACGCGAAGGUGAAGAGCACCUCCUCUGGAACCGGCUGGGUGCUACCCUAGCCAACUCGUCCCGAUCAGAAGAAGCCAUCGAAGCGUACUCACGCGCACUGGAACUACGACCGAACUUUGUGCGCGCGCGUUACAACUUGGGCGUCUCGUGUAUCAAUCUGGGCGUCCUUGAGGAGGCAGCGGGUCACUUGCUUGGUGCGCUGUCUAUGCAUAAAUUGCAGGAACAAGAAGGAAGAGCAAAGGCGGCUGAGAUCCUCAAGGAUGGUCAUGGUAAUGAUAUUGAUGAGCAAGCUGCGGUCGAUGCUGCGCUGCAUCAGAACCAGAGUACGAACCUUUAUGAUACGUUACGACGCGUCUUUACGCAGAUGGGGCGGAGGGAUUUGUCUGCGACGGUUGGGCCGGAUAUGGAUCUGAAUCAACUGCGUGGGCAGUUCGAUUUCUAG